CCCUCCGUCAAACCAUCUACAACACCAUCACGGUCUUGAUCUCGAGAUCAUCGUUCUUCCCUCAAGGCUUCGCCCCGCAAGCUCACGGCCCAAGAAGAAACAGGUCAGCACCGCCCAACUCGCUCAUUCGCCAACGAGGAGAGAACGCGACAAUGAAGUCUCACGUCUUUCUCACCCUGAGCGCCGGCCUCACCCAGGUCCUGGCUGCGCCCUACAUCGAGAGACCUACCCGUGAGCUCACCGGCCAUGAGACCGUCACUUCCACAGCCAGCGGGGAGUUUCACGUCGAUGGCUUGCCUGGUCUUCCCAAGCCCGUUUUCUCGACUCAUACUCACCACGCUCACGGCACUGAGACUGCCGCUGUGACUGUGCCUACGGGCGGUUACGGCGCCAGCACCACCGCGACUGAGUCCGACUCUGUGACUGAGAGCAUCGUGACCGAGGUCGAGACCGACACCAAGACUGUCACCAUCGCGGCCUCCGCCGAUGCUAUCACCGCUUCUGGCUUCACCAACUCAAGCGUUGCCGUCCCCAAGACCACCAUCACCGUCACCCCGGUUUUUGUCACCGUCUCUGCCAACCAUACCAGCCACAGCAGCACUCACGGCGAGACCCCAAGCUUUGCCGCCCGCCCCCGUGGUCUCCAAGCCGAGCAGGUUGCCCCUGAGAAGCAGUACACCACCCUGACCUUCACUUUCGACACUAUGGCCACCACCUACACCCUGUUGCUUCCCAACGGCGCUGAUGCCACCGACACUCCUGCCCCCGUCAUCCGUCCCACCAGAAGCUACCCGCUCGCUCCUCCUUCCGGUACCUGGACCGAGUGGAACAGCAUGGUCACCAGCACCCUCCCCGUCGUUCAGCGUCGGUCUGCCCCAUCUUCGCCCGUCUCGCCCGUCGAGACCAGCGUCUCCAUUGCCCCUGGUUACCACGUCCUUCCCAUCCCUGCCCCCGCCCCGAACCCGUUGGAGGAGGCUGCCCUCAGCGUAACCACCCCCGCUCCCUCCCUGCUUCUUCCCAAGGAGCAGGUUCGUACCACCAUUCUCAACGGCGGUGAGGGUGCUGUUGAGCGCAUCUCCAAGGUUGGCAAAGGCGUUCAGGCCAAGCACAUUGAGCAUGAGGGCGUCCACGCUGGCAAGCAGAACGACGCCAACGAUGAGCCCACGUCUCAUGAUCUGUCGUGGUAUUUCACUGCGAGCUAUACCGAUGACUCGAUCACCUUGACGAUGCAGCCUUGUUAUUAUGACUGGCAGUGUUGGCCGGAGCCGAGCUCCUCGAACACGGAGACGUUUUUGCCGGGUGUUGAUGGCGGUAAGAUGGCUGCCGCGACUCAGGUUUGAACUGGGGUCCGGAUCCUGGAACGCACACUUCGAGAAUUCAGAUUCGGCAUGAUCUGGUUUGGUCUGAUUCGCGAGCUGGACUGGUACUCGAUGGCUGGAGGGUAAUGACUAAUGAGUUGGGAAUUCAUGGUUUAUGGCCUUUGCCUGGAUGACUUGCAUUUCAGCGUCGGAGUUCGGAUCGGAAGAUGUCUGGCUUUUAACUGUUUUGUAGCAUGAGCUUGGCGGCUUUUCUGGUUCACAUCUGACUGGAACUUGACCUGUCUUGCACCUUGGGCAUAUUCGGGGAGGAGCGAAGUGGUUGUCUGCUGUUGAUAGACUCGGAAGGCUCUCGAUGAGG